UCUACACUGAGGCGCUGCUGCCAAUCACUCUCCGCUUCCCAGCAUGCUCGUUGUUCGUUGUCCAGUCAGGUUGUAGCUGGGAAACAUGGCGGCCGUCAGUAAAUACCUGACAGCUAAAAACUCCUCCAUAGCUGGCGGUGUCCUUCUAGUUUUAUACAUAUUGAAGCAAAGAAGACGAGCGGCCAAGUUAAAAGGUAAAAAGGGAAGCUCCGAAGUAUUGUUAAACAAUGAAAAAGACAGCAAGAAAGACCGCGCCGCGGUGGAUAAAGACUUCAUCCUCAGAAUCUUUCGUAUUUUGCGGAUUAUGGUGCCACGGUUUUUCUGCAAAGAGACCGGGUACCUGUUGCUCAUCGCCGCCAUGCUGGUCACCAGAACCUACUGCGACGUGUGGAUGAUCCAGAAUGGCACCAUGAUCGAAAGUGGUAUCAUAGGCAGAGAUAUCAAUUUAUUCAAGAAGCACUUUUAUUUCUACAUUGCUGCCAUACCUGGGAUUGCCCUGGUGAACAACUUCCUGAAGCUGGGUCUGAACAAGCUGAAGCUCAGGUUUCGAGAGAAGCUCACCAAGCACCUGUAUGACGAGUACCUAAAGGGCUACACGUAUUACAAGAUGGGCAACUUGGAUAACCGCAUAGCCAACGCUGACCAGCUUCUCACACAAGAUGUGGAGAAGUUCUGCAACAGUGUGGUGGACCUGUACUCCAACCUCUCCAAGCCCCUCCUGGAUAUCGGCCUGUACAUCUUCAAGCUAACCAGUGCCAUCGGUGCGCAGGGCCCAGCCAGCAUGAUGGCCUACCUGCUGGUCUCAGGCCUGUUCCUGACCAGACUGAGGAGGCCCAUUGGGAAGAUGACCGUCACCGAGCAGCGCUUUGAGGGGGAGUACCGAUACGUCAACUCCCGCCUCAUCACCAACAGUGAAGAGAUAGCCUUCUACAAUGGCAACUUGAGGGAGAAACAGACCAUUCACGCGACAUUCAACAAACUGGUCGACCACCUGCACAACUUCAUCUUCUUCCGUUUCUCCAUGGGCUUUGUGGACAGCUUGAUCGCCAAGUACCUGGCCACAGUGGUGGGCUACCUGGUGGUGAGCCGGCCCUUCCUCAACCCGUCCGACACCCGUCACCUGACCAGCACACACUCGGAGCUCCUGGAGGACUACUACCAGAGCGGCAGGAUGCUGCUCAGGAUGUCACAGGCUCUUGGGAGGAUUGUAUUGGCCGGCCGCGAGAUGUCCCGCCUCUCAGGGUUCACCUCUCGUAUCACAGAGCUGAUGAAGGUCCUUAAAGAAUUGAAUUCUGGGACGUACGAGCGCACCAUGGUCAACCAGCCCAACAACGGAGAACUGGAGGCUGAAGAAAAGGUCACCUUGAUCCCUGGAGGUGGACAGAUCGUCAACAUGGACAACAUCAUCAAGUUUGAGCACACUCCUUUAGCCACGCCCAAUGGAGACGUACUUAUCAAAGACCUCAACUUUGAGGUGAGGUCGGGCACCAACGUGCUGGUGUGUGGGCCCAACGGCUGUGGAAAGAGCUCUCUCUUCAGAGUGCUGGGAGAGUUGUGGCCGCUAUUCGGGGGUCAGCUGACCAAACCCGAGAGAGGAAAGUUGUUCUACGUUCCCCAGAGGCCGUACAUGACCCUGGGGACCCUGAGGGACCAGGUGAUCUACCCAGACACCUAUGACGACCAGAAGAGAAAGGGCAUCUCUGACCUGGUGCUGAAAGAGUACCUGGACAACGUGCAGCUGGGCCACAUCCUGGACAGGGAGGCGUCCUGGGACACGGUCCAGGACUGGAUGGACGUCCUGAGCGGAGGAGAGAAGCAGAGGAUGGCGAUGGCCAGGCUGUUCUACCACAAGCCCCAGUUUGCCAUCCUGGAUGAGUGUACCAGUGCUGUCAGCGUGGAUGUGGAGGACUACAUCUACAGCCAUUGUAGAACGGUGGGCAUCAGUCUGUUCACCGUGUCACACAGGAAGUCCUUGUGGAAGCAUCAUGAGUACUACCUCCACAUGGACGGAAGAGGGAACUACGAAUUUAAACCCAUCACCGAGGAAACGGUGGAGUUUGGUUCCUAGACGAAUGUCAGACAGUAACUCUCACACACACACACUAAUUAUGCACUAGAGACAAGUUGUAAACUAAAGCUAGACAAUAUUGUUUUUAAUCAAUGUGAUAUCCGUUUUUUUUGUUUUGACAAAGCUGUAUUUGUUAGUCUAAUUCAUUAUUUGUCCACGGUGAUUGUAAAUAACUUGUAAUUUAUGGUCCAAUUCACUGUUGACAUUGGGCCAAAACUUUGAGAUUUAAUGGGAAAAUCCAGAUGAGCUGAAGUUUGCAUUAUAUGCCUGCAAGCAAAAUUAUGUUUUGAAAUUAUUUCAGUCACUAUAUUCCAAUGGAUUAACCCAGAGAGCUAAAGCCAGUGGUCCUCUAAUUGUCUCCCUGAGCGUCAGUAUAUGCAUCUGCCUUUUUUAUGAGCAGUAUGCAAGUGGAGCUCCUGGUUGCCUUUACUGUAAUCUAGCCUGUGGUUGGGAGUGCUGAUGGCGGAAGACUCCACGCUGAAAGACUUCUGUCUUCUCUUACCUGAAGCGUCACUCGUGUGGUUGGAAUGACUCUCCUGGCUGUGGUGAUGUCAGCGGGAGGGGAGGAGCUCUAGUCCAGCUCAGGCCCUUCCGUUUGUAGCUGCCCAGUGGUGACGGUGUGUGAGGGAGGUUGAGGGCUAUACAAAUAAAUUUGAUUUGUUGAGCAGGAGAGGAUUCGCUUCAGGGUGGGGUUAAAGUGAUUGAAGCACUUUAUGAAUCAUGAACAAUAAAGUGUUCGGGAGAUUGUAUUAAAGCACCAACAAGGACUGUCUUGGUUUACGAUGGUGCACAGAACACGAUAUCCUAGAAGCCUUCAUUCUCCACUUUUGCCAUUGUCCCGUGUUGCCUAGCUACCUGACGGUUUCCUGUUUGUUCUCAAUGACGAUGAUAAUAAUAGUACUUACAAGUCGGAUGUAAAAUCACAUUUUGCAACUGUAAAAUCAUGCCUCCGGGUUGGUUUUAUUUUCUGAAACCAAUGUAGACAGGGUAAUAGGCACAAGAAGUGCAUUGACCUGCAUUAAACUGUAUGACAAAUGCAUUUUCAUUAAAAAAAUGUUUGUCCGUG